AUGACAGAAUUCAAGCUUUCAGUUUAUCCAUUGGCACCAAGCAGUGCAGAUCUCAGUAAUGCACCCUGGAAAAAGCCUGCUUACUUUACUGAAGGCAAUGGUGUUAAAUUAAAAUAUAUAAGAGCAAUUGCCUCAAAUAUCCAAGCAGCAUCUGACACUUUUAUUGAACUGUUGUAUCGUCUGUUAUAUCUUGAUGUUGAUGAGAAACAUAACAUGCGUCAAAGCAUUCUGGAAUUUAGUGGUCUAAAGUGUGAGGUUGGAACUAGUAAUUACAUCUACAGAAUGAGAAUUUUGUCUGUGCUGCCUAUGGAACAAGUUAAGUUAAUUUGUCGAGUUUUAUGUCUUCCAACUUGGCACAGAUCAAGACAGCUUUUGAGUGAAGGCAUCAUGGAUUUUCUUGCUGCUCCACGAAUAUCUGUCAUGAAAAAAAGGGUUCCGCCUCAUUUUUCUGACGAAAUCACAUUUUCUUUUGAUGGUGCCAAAACUAAUAAAGUGAGAAUACCUGAGUUAAAAUCUGCUGACACAGAAGAAAUAGAAAUUGUUCCUGAUAUACAUAUACCAGAUGACACUUCAGCUAGUUUAGGCAGUGAUUUUACAAUAGAAAAUGAAUAUCUUGGGGUUAAGCUGAAAAAUUUCUCAAACAUUCAUUAUCAAGUUAUUACUACUCCAGCUGUCAAACUUAAUGAUGUGCAUAUGAUACUGUAUUUAACUACAAGUGCACAAAAUAAUAUUCGCCGAAAUGUUUUAGAAUUCUCAGGAUUUCCUUUUGAUGAAUCUUCAUCAGAAUACCAUUGUCGGAGAAGUCUCAUGGAAAAAAUGAGUUUAGAAGAUCUGAAAACUGUAGCUACCGUUCUUUGCGUCUCACAGUACAUUGUAGAUGAAUCAAAAUGCAGUCUUAUUGAUGCUGUACUGAAAUUUUUAUUGAAACCGUCAGCUCUGCUUAAUAGAAACACUGUGAGCACAGGACUAAUGACAAAACUAGGAUUCUGAUGUGGCUUCAAUCAUUAACUAAUAUUAAAAAUC